AUGAAGGCGCGAUUUGCCCAAAUUGAAAAACAAACGAGACUGCCGGCGCGGCGGGGUGCAACAGAGGGUGGAAACGACUUUGUUCCACCUGACGCUCACACCGUGACGCAUACUGCCGAGAUGGGCGGGCAUGCCGAGCGGCCGUUUAACGCGUUGGGGGCUCAACCCCAGGUGGGUUUGCGAGGGAUCCGUGAGCUCACAAAUCAGUUCGUGGAAAAGGGUUUCCGACCUGAAGAAAAUAUCCGAACUUUUGAGGGCGCCUUGGGGUAUUUAUUUGGGACCUCCCCGGAACAGUUUUUGGCGGCGUAUCGUGGUUUUUUCCCCUUGCCCAUGAAGCCCGGAUUUGAUCUAGGUCAAGCGUGGGGCAAUUUUGUGGCAUGGGUUCAUGCCAUCCGCCGCGGGGGUAAUUUCGGCCGAACAGGCGCAAUUGGGCAGACGGCUGUAUUAUCAGCUUCGGGUGGCUCAGGCGGCGAAAGAAAAACCCGGAGUCAGCUUCCAAACCCUUGCCCAUGCCAUCGGCGAUCCCAGAAGAGAUGA